GCACACUGUCCGCUAUUCCCAAAAAAAUUCCAUCCGCCCUCGACUCUGCCAAGCUUGAUUCUUUGAAGGUCACUUGAGAACAUCUUCAUUCACCACAACAGAAACAGAUCGCUUCAUCAUGUGGGCGACGCUUAUUUGCCUAAUUUGAAACCUCCUAUUUUUGUCGACUAGACUCCAAAACACAGGGUCAAUCUAUCGAUUGCAUAGCAAUAACGCACUUCUCGGGUCUCAUUCUCUUAUAAGCGGGUUCAUCAACACCGACACCGAACACUUCUAAAUGGCGCCCGAGGUCCAGAGCAAGAAGAGGAAGAUCGACGACGAGGGUGUACUCGUCAAGAAGGCAAAGAAGAAACAGAAGAAGCAGCGUGAGGAUGAGGCCGACCUGGAUGUCGAGGCUGGUCUGAACAAGGCGUUCGCUCGGAUGGACGGCCAGCUCCUGGCUGAUCAACUUGCUCAAAAGACGUCUCGUUUUGGCACAGAGCUCAGUCCCAUUGAGCUCUCAGAUCUUUACAUUUCGGCCAACGCCAUCAAAGACACCACUUCGUAUGAGAAGCCGAGAAAUCUCGAAAACCUACCAGAUUUCCUGGAGAAGUUUUCAGCCGAGCCCGAGAAGCUCAACAAUGCAUCCAAGACGUGUGGUGCCCCGCAUACACUAGUUGUCUCGGCUGCCGGUCUCCGAGCCGCUGAUACUGUCAGAGCACUCAGGACGUUCCAAAAGAAGGGCAACACAGUCGCCAAGCUGUUUGCCAAGCAUUUCAAGGUAGAAGAACAGGUCGCCUUUCUCCAAAAGAACCGCAGUGGCAUGGCGGUUGGCACGCCUCAGCGCCUGGUUGAUCUCAUCGAGAAUGGGGCGCUCGCUACUUCGCAUCUCAAAAGGAUAAUUGUUGAUGCUUCACAUAUUGACCAGAAGAAGCGGGGGAUUGUGGACAUGAGGGAGACUUUGAUGCCGCUUGUGAGGCUUCUGUCGAGGAAGGAGUUCAAGGACAAGUAUACGGAUCCCGACCACCCGAUCGAUCUCAUCUUUUACUAAGCUCGGAGGAGUUUGAGUGUAUUAAUUUGUCUGUUGGUAGAUAUCCAAGCGCUGGCCAAGUGCACAGUUUCCGCACUAAGUCCCACCAUCCAUGACUGCGGUUCUUAUUCUGGUGACUUGUACGUCUGGU